AUGCGUCCUCCUACCCUCAACGCCCACGUCUCGCGCGCGCGACCAUCAACACGCGUCUUUCAACAUCUUCUGAGCGGCGGUUCCGCGGUGCGCGGUACCUCUUUUGCGCUGCGGGCUCGGCUUCCGAUUCACGGCAGUGCUGCCGCCAUUUCGCCAAGAGCCUUCUCCAUCCAGACGGCGCGUCGCAAUGGGGAAAACAAGAACAAACCCGACGAGUCGAUAAAUCCACAGCUCCCCAAGGUGACAUUUGAAUCCUUGGGCGUCACCGGACCCCUCAAAUGGGUCAUCGUCGCCCUCCUCACCGUCUUUGGCACCAUCGAGACUUGGGUUUGGUGCAAAGCCAUUUGGCGAUGGUGGAAGGGUGGCGAAGUGGAGCCGAGCGAGAAGUGA